UUUUUUUCUUCUUCUCUUCUCUUCGGUGCCAUCCCUCCCAGCCAUUCCCUGGAAACAGUGCAAGCGGGUUGGUCGCAACAACCUUGCGACUGACGGAAUUCGCAAAAGGACAGGAGCAAUCGGACUGAGCCGUCCGUCCCAUCUCUUGACGACAGGCAGGGUUUUUGGGUUUGGGUUGGGUUCCACAGCUCAUGACUCGUGUCUGGCUGGACCCUGGUUUUGAUCAUAUAUUUGAUAUCACUGUCAAACCAGGCACUUUCCAACAAAAUCAGGAAUCGAUCCGCAGGCGCGCGCACACACACACACACACACACACACACACACACACACACAGAGUUCGCGAUUGCUGCUGACCUCUCAGCCUCGUGAGGAUCGGCAAGCGUCAUUCACUGGUCUCGUCCAAUUACUGUACCUCUAAAGAGAGAGAGAAAAAAGCGUGGCUGCACUGACAACCAUGCCACACGCUUCGGGCCGCGCUUCUGCACAAAGUCCGUUGGCAGGAUUCGGGAUUCGACGGCUUUUUUCGGUUUUUGAUCAGCGCCGCAAUGUGUGAUGUUCUCGGCUCCAAAGACGCGCCGGGCAAAAGCCGUGGAUUUGACAGGUUGCCUGUGACUUGGGCAUCCAAAUUAAUUUGGGCAGCCUGCAUUGAAGGAACCGACGUUGGUCGAAACUGGUUGCCUGCCGUGAUUUUAAACGUACCCGGUAUUGUCAGUUUAUUGUUCCUGUAAGGUAAUAUUUUAUAAAUCCUCACUUGUCCGGGGAGGUGGUAUUUUACCUUGUACACCUACCUCACUUACCCUUGUUCAUGCCUUGCAAACAAGGUCAGCCAAUGCAUCCUCCACCACAACCCACUGACGGCAGUUGGGACUUUUGCCAACCGGAAGUUGGGAUGGAUCUUUUACUUGGCACGUGGUUAACGACUCAUGCUCACCGGUGCAUUCUGGAACAAGAAAAAUCCCCGUCACCUUGAUUCUCUACUCUACAGGUAGGUAGGUAGGUAGGUAGGUACCUACCAGUUACAUACCUACCUAAGCAGGUAGGUUCUUUUGAGUUUUCCUCUUCCACCAUCAGCUAACACGAAUCUGCGCACGCCAGACUUGCGAAAACGACGAUAUUAACCACGUUAGGUGCUAAUGCAGUCGGCAAACCCAUCGUUGGUUCUCCAGCGUAUGUGCCAUCCAACGUUUUCAAAUUGAGGUAGAUCAAAAUAAAACAGAAUUUAUGUACAGAUUAAUGCUUCUCAGGGCUGGCACAGACUUACACUCUGUUAUUGCUGUGGGGCCGCCUCACACCGAGAGAUAAAGGGGUCCAUUUUACGGUUGCUUUUAUGGAGUUUUCUUUGUUAUACUAUGGUACUAUCUUGUUGCGGAAUUUUUACGCCGCAGAGAUGGAUUCCCACGGUAUUUGCGUGCUACUGACAUACUAUGUAUAGCCCGCCUAUCUAAUUUGAAUGUGAGCCCGCUAAACACGGCGGAAAAAAAAAACUCCCAUGUUAUGC